CUUACAAUUCAAAGCCUGGUCUAGCUGGCCUCUCUUUCUGUUUCACUUUUACUGGAACAAAAUCUGAAGAGCUGAGCUCAGGUACUUCAUCGUUGACUUGCUACUGCUUUAAUUUCAAACCGUUAAGCUAGAAAAGAUUGAUUUGAUGUUUCCUAGGACAAAGGUCCCAUUGUAAAUCUGUACUCAAAACUGUAGCAAAUACUAGUGUUCCAAUAGUUGUAAAUUUUGUCAUCUGUUUUAAUGUGUUAAUUUUCUUUAUUCAAUGUUCAACUUACACUUCUGAUGCAAUCUAUUGCCAAAGAUCUCAACUUUUUUUUUUUCUUGAUCUAGUUGCACAUGUUUCUAUGUAGCAUUUCAUUUAGCUGAGGGUUUUGUAUUCUGGGUUUUGAAAUAGACUUCUGUGGGAGAUCUAAGUGGAGGGAAUCAGUUCUGGAAAAAAUACUUUCUGGGUAAACCUUUUUGUGUUGUGGGUAUUAGUUCUUUUUAUGUAGAUGGUCAUGGAUCAUCAAACCUUGAGCGAAUUCUACGGUUCCACUUCUGUAUUGGAAUUCAGUGAUGAGAUUUAUACUGAUACUGAGAGUAAUUUUGUUGAGCAAAACUGUGCAAGUUUUGCAUUUUGGCCACCUGAUGCAACCCCCAGUGACUUAACCCCUACUUUGAGUGUGAAGCCAGAAGUAGAUUUACAUGAGGACUAUGAUUUUAGUGAUGUAGUUCUCAAGUACAUCAACCAGAUGCUUAUGGAAGAAGAUAUGGAAGAGAAGGACUACAUGCUUCAGGGGUCUGAAGUACUUGAGGCUGCUGAAAAAUCAUUAUAUGAGCUUCUUGGAGAGAAGUAUCCACCUUCUCCUGAUAAUGUUCAGCCUUAUUAUGUGGCUCAAAACCAUGAAAGCUCUGAUGAAUAUUAUACUUUAAAUCACAGUGACUCUAGUUGUAGUACUAGCAAUAACAACUUUGUGAUUCAUGGCUGGGAUUGUGAUUUGGUUCAGUAUGAAUCCUCAAUUAUUGCUCCUCUGUCCACGUCUGAGCCAUCUUAUAGCUUGUUGGAAGGCACUAGUACUAUUCCUGAAACACUUUAUGACAGUGAGUUUAUUUUGCAAUUUAAGAGAGGGUUUGAGGAAGCGAGUAAGUUUCUUCCAAAUGGCGAUGGUCUAGUUAUUGAUUGGGAGAGUAAUGCAUUUCUUGUCAAAGAGCAGAAGGAGGAAAGUAAGAAUACCUUUUGUAAGGCUGAGAAGAAAGAUAGGAAUCUGUACUCCCUGGAUGGCUUGAGGGAAAAAAAUAACCCUCAUUCUGAGGAUGUGAAUUUAGAAGAAGGAAGGAGUAGCAAGCAGUCAGCAACUUCUACUGAAUCUACUGUGAGUCCGGAAAUGUUUGAUAUGGUUUUGCUACACUCUGAAGAAGAUGAUUCUGUUCUUUGUGAAGCUGUGCUGAAUGAGAAAAGCAAGAACGUACAGCCAAAUGAUCGGUCCAAAAGGUCAAUUAAUGUAAGGGCCAAUCGGAGGAAGACUGGAGGUAAAAGGGGUGUGGUGGAUUUGAGAACUCUUUUGACACUUUGUGCAGAAGCUAUUGCAGCAGAUGAUCAGAGGACAGCCACUGAGCGACUGAAGCAGAUCAGACAGCAUGCUUCUCCUGUAGGGGAUGGGAUGCAGAGAAUGGCUCACUAUUUUGCCAAUGGUCUUCAGGCACGCAUUGCUGGCUCUGGUACUCAGAUUUACAAAGUCAUUAUGACUAGGCGAACGUCAGCUGCUGAUGUACUGAAAGCUUACCAUCUGUUUUAUACUGCAUUUCCAUUUUUUAAGCUCUCCGCAAGGCCUGGUGGACCUCUUAAGCUUCGGAUUACUGGGAUUGAUUUUGCAGAACCAGGUUUCCGACCAGCACAGAGGGUUGAGGAGACAGGGCGCCGCUUGGCAAACUAUGCAGAGACUUUCAAUGUUCCAUUUGAGUUCAAUGGAAUAGCACAAAAGUGGGACACCAUUCAAAUUGAAGAUCUCAAACUUGACAAUAAUGAGGUGCUUGUUGUGAAUUCUAUGUAUUCGCUCAAAUACCUACUUGAUGAGACAGUAGUGGUAGAGAGUCCAAGAAAUGUAGUCUUGAAACUGAUUAGGAAGAUGAAUCCACAUGUUUUCAUACAGGGUGUUGUGAAUGCAGCCCAUGGUGUACCCUUCUUUACUUCAAGAUUUCGACAGGCUCUUUUCCACUUCUCUACUUUAUUUGAAAUGCUUGACACCUACUUGUCCCGUGAAAAUCUGGAGAGGAUGCUUCUUGAGAGUGAGUCAUAUGGGCCGCAGGCAAUGAAUGUCAUAGCUUGUGAGGGCUCAGAGAGGGUUGAGAGGCCAGAGACAUACAAACAGUGGCAGCUUCGGAAUGUGAGGGCUGGAUUUAGGCAGCUUCCUUUGAAUCAGGAGAUGAUGAACACUGCAAAGGACAGGGUGAAAUCACGCUACCACAAGGAUUUUGUUAUUGAUGAAGAUAGCCAGUGUCUGCUACAGGGCUGGAAGGGACGAAAUAUUUUUGUACUCUCUUUUUGGAGGCCUGAUUGUUAAAUGCAUGAUCAUUGUUAUACACAAAGCUAAGGUUAAUUGGGGAGUGAUCUUUUGGCCACCUGCUCAUCAUCAUGCUGUGGAAGACCUAUUCUUAACUGCAAAGAUAUAUGUGCAUAUCAAUGCUUAAAUACUUACUGUGCUUCAAGAGACAAAAAUAUAUUCCAUUUUAAAUGUAUGUAAAAUAGAUGGAAACUUUUUCAGGCAAUUGGUUUUUUGACGUAGAUAUCUAUAUAUACAAGAUAAGACUAGCUGUUUACAGUACAUAGUAACUGAACUUUCAAGGCUGCUCCUUCGCUGCAUAACUCAUGCUCUUAACAUAGGAGGUUGGCCUAAUUGCAGCUAUAUCAGUCUUACGUAUUUAGGUGAAGUAAUGAGACCCCAAGGAUCAAUGAUUAAGAUGUGAACCAAUAUGUUUCCUGUAAACUAAACUUCUCACAUUUAGUGUAAAUGGUGUAUUUUGAACUACUUUCUUUUCCAAA